AUGGAUACAGAGACAGAGGCUGAGAAGCAAGAGAGACAUAACACGUAUCUAAACGAGUUAGCAGAACAGGACCGAUGGCUCCCAAUUAACAAUGUGGCCCGACUUAUGAAGAACACGCUUCCGGCUACCACAAAGGUCUCAAAAGAUGCUAAGGAGUGCAUGCAAGAAUGCGUGAGCGAGUUCAUCUCAUUUGUCACCAGCGAGGCGUGCGAUAGAUGCACCAGUGGGAAGCGUAAGACCAUAAACGGUGAAGAUAUUCUCAUAUCGCUACAUGCCCUGGGAUUCGAGAACUAUGCCGAAGUGCUCAAGAUAUAUUUGGCCAAGUACAGACAGCAGCAGGCCAUCAAGAACCAGAUGAUGUAUUCCAGAGACGAAACGGCCGCAAACGAGCACGCUGGCAACGACGACAUGGACUCCGGUAUUCGAGGUGUUUCUGGGGACGUCGAUCCUGGACAGGAUCACGUGAUACAAGAAACCGGUGCCAGUGCUUCGUUGGGCACCAAUAGUGGGUCUGAAGAGGGCGCAAAGGCCCAGUCCCAGGCCCAGGUCCAGACCCAAAACAAUGGCCCUAGUAUCGCUGAAUCACCUGUGCAACCCAACAUUGUAGUGCAAGAGCCGUUGGGCUCUCGUCAUUCCAUGCACGGAACAUCGCUGUAA